AUGGCUGUUAAUAGUUCAGAUAUAUUCACUGCAAUUCUAUAUUCUAAUGGUCCAUCCUUUACAAUUAUCACGUCAAAGAAUGCCAAGCAGGCUCCAACAUCUCAAUCUCAAUCCCAUACUUUAGAUAAAUCAGAAAAAAUCGUAGAAAUUCAACAUCAUCCCCAUAUUAGUAAUAUUUUAUUAAUUAUGCUUGAAGGAAAAAUACUUACGUUUAACAUAGCGACCAAAUCUGGCCGAAAUCUUGUAAUCGAUGAAUCAUCCCAAUCAUCUUUCCAUAAACUGCUUCCUUCUUUAACAAAUGACAACGAAAUUACAGUUUAUGGUCAAGACUCGUCACUCAGUAUCUAUAUCUGUAACGAAGACUACAUUUUUACAAAAUCAGGAACAAUAAAAUUGAAAAGAGAGCUGUUUGACUUAAAAUCGAAGUAUUUACCACUAUCCGCUGCAUGUAACCGUGCACUUCCCGAGCGAUACAUCGCGUUCUCUCCAUCAAAUGGCUUAGUUAUGUUUGCCAUAAAAGAUGAUAUACCUUACGUCAUCGCGCAGUCUCAAAUUAUACCACAGAUACCAACCUGUUACGAUUUCUACGACGGAAUCCUUGCUUUCGGCACUCCAACCGGAAAGAUAAUUUUCGCAGACGUUUCAGAAGGGAAAUACACACAGAACUACCUUGCAUCCAGCACAUCCAUUGAAAAGAUCAAGUUCCUUACCAAAGAUGUCCUUCUGUGGUACUCAAAAACCGAGUGUGGAUCAAUAAAUCUUCCCAAGCGCCAAGUUAUUCCAAUCCACACUCGCCUUGGCCCUGCCACAGACCUAAUAUGUUCAGAGGAGCUCGGCGUUUUCGUCCACGGCAAAUACGACCUUG